AUGCGUCCUACUGCGGCUCUCUUCGCUACCCUCACUCUCCUUUGCACUGUCUUCUUGGCGCAGGCCGUCCCGUUUAAACCGUCCCGAAAUGAUGCCGAAGCCUGCGCAAGACUGACAGAAUGCGACUCUUGUGUUCACGCGAGUCGUUGCGGUUUCUCCCUUGACACCCAAAGCUGUGCCACGAAGGAAGGCCACCUUGGGAGGCUUGCGACAUCUGCGUCUCUAUGCAAGAAGGCGACCGCUAUUCAUGCCGCACGGGAGUGGUAUGUCGUUCCGAGAGCAGAUAAGGCAUGGGCAGCGAUGGAGACGCACGUCCUGGAUGGUCGUCCCGACAAAGCACAGUCCGGCCGGCAUCUUACAUCCACUUGGUUCGACCACGUUGAUAACAAGGCCACUGCUGCGCACAUGACCAUCGACGCAGCGACGGCUCUCGCUCGAGUGCCGCUCGGUAAGGGGCCGCCGAAGACACUUUGGAUUGAUAACGAUGCGGAGGGAAAGGCGACCAGCGUUGCGCACAAGUAUACGCGGGAACAGGUCGCCGGAAUAUGCAAGGCGGCGCUCGCGGCGGCGCUCAAAGCGGGCAAUUCGAAGGGUUCGGUGACGCACGGUUCCUAUGCUGUCAAGACGCCCUGGGGGAAUCAAAUAUGCGUGAAGGUGACCGAUCGUCAAUGCUACCCGUUGAGGAUCGAAGCGACAACGGCAGCACCGGGUACGAAUUGCUAG